CUUAGGUUCAAAAUUCUACAUGCUCCAUCGACUAUUAAUACUCUACGAUUUGCCUUUCACUUGAUAACCUUAACAUCUAUGUGAGGUGAUACUCUUAGGGUAAGGUUUAACUUUUUUACCUUCUCGAUAAACCUUCUACAUGAUUUAGAUUUUUGAACAAAAUCAUUAAAAGUCAGAAAUCAAAAACAAAUAGUGAAUAUUGCGAAAUAGUCGAAGGACCAUUUUUACAAUAUACUUUAAAAUAGUUGUAAAUGGAAGCUCCUGGAAUCAUCUUUGUGACUCAAGUCUGAAGUCACCUCCAGUCCAUCGCCCAGCUAACGAAAACCGCCCCCAAAACUCUACACAAAUCGUAAACCCUUAGUUUCCAUUUUUUCCGGCAAAUCUGCAACGGCGAUGGACGCCGCUAAACUAGAGCAACUAAAGAUAUUUAUCAGUCGGUGCAAAUCCGAUCCCUCCAUUCUCAGCGAUCCUUCACUCUCCUUCUUCCGCGACUAUCUUGAAAGCCUCGGAGCUAAACUUCCGUCAUCUGCUUACAAGAGUGAAUCGCAAUCGAAGCCUUAUGUAGUGGAAGAGGAAGAAGAUGAUUUUGAAGAACCUGAAGAAGAAGAGGACGAGAUAAUAGAAUCCGAUAUUGAAUUUGAGGGUGAGACUGUGGAGCCUGAUAAUGAUCCACCACAAAAGAUGGGAGAUUCUUCAGUGGAGGUCUCUGAAGAAAAUCGUGAUGCUUCUCAAGAGGCCAAAGCAAAGGGCAUGGAAGCAAUUUCUGAUGGCAAGCUAGAGGAAGCAAUUGAGCACCUCACUGAGGCAAUACUGCUCAACCCCACUUCUGCUAUUAUGUAUGCAACAAGAGCUUCUGUUUAUAUCAAAAUGAAGAAACCAAAUGCUGCGAUUCGAGAUGCUGAUGCUGCUCUACAGAUAAAUCCAGAUUCUGCUAAAGGCUAUAAGUCACGUGGAAUUGCACUAUCAAUGCUCGGUCAAUGGGAAAAGGCUGCAAAAGAUCUUCAUGUAGCUUCUAAUAUUGAUUAUGAUGAAGAAAUAAGUACCAUUCUCAAGAAGGUUGAACCAAAUGCACACAAGAUUGUGGAACACCGUAGGAAAUAUGAUAAGCUAAGAAAAGAAAGGGAGGACAGGAAAAUAGAACGUGAGAGGCAACGUCGCAGGGCUGAAGCCAAGGCUGCAUAUGAAAAGGCUAAAAAAGAAGAAAAAGCAUCUUCAAGUGAAAGAACUGGAGGAAUGCCAGGUGGAUUCCCAGGAGGUGGGAUGCCAGGUGGGUUCCCCGGUGGAAUGCCAGGUGGAUUCCCAGGAGGUGGUAUGCCAGGUGGGUUCCCUGGUGGCGGUGCAGCAGGAGGUGGAAUGCCAGGUGGCGGUGCAGCUGGAGGUGGUAUGCCAGGUGGCAUUGACUACAGCAAGAUCUUAAAUGACCCUGAGUUGAUGGCUGCAUUCAAAGACCCUGAAGUAAUGGCUGCUCUGCAAGAUGUGAUGAAGAAUCCAGCGAAUCUUGCAAAGCACCAAGCAAACCCAAAGGUGGCUCCACUCAUUGCUAAAAUGAUGAGCAAAUUUGGGAAUGUUGUCUCACUUCUUCCUAACAACAUGGAAACUAAAAUGAUCAACCAACAAUACAUAAACUAA